CUGAAGACUGUUGAACGGCAGAGUGAUAAGCCUGGUAGUCCACAAUCUGCAGAAUCAUGUUCCUCGCUCUGCUUUUCUCAGGUUGGUGUACAAAGUCCAUUCAAACUUGAAUCAUUUAAUCAAUCUUAUGAAAAAGGAAAAAAAUGGAAGUUUUUUUUAAAUUAUUAUUCUUGAGCGUGUCUGCAGCAUUUGAAGGUGGAACACAUUUCACAAGGCAGCUCACUGCUCUGGGAUUUCUACCCCUCAGCUCAGCUCUCUCUCACCAAUACCACUUUGUGAACGAAUCAAAAACCUGGAGUGAAGCCCAGAGUUACUGCAGGACCAAUUACACCGACCUGGCCACCCUUUACGACAUGGACGAUGUGAGCACACUCAUUCAGCUUGCCAGCCCAACGGACUCUGCUUGGAUCGGACUUUAUGCCGACACGCAGAACAGCUGGAGAUGGUCCAUUACGAACAGCAGUUUCUAUGGUCCAGGAGAGACGGCGUUUAGAAACUGGGCAACAGGAGAGCCAAACGAUAGGGGUGGGGAAAUGGUCUGUGUACAAAUGGACUCCUUGGGAACUUGGAUUGAUGUAUCUUGUGGAGACUCCCUACAGUUUGUUUGCUAUGGAACCGGUGGCAGCUACACUUUAGUUAAAUUGUUCCUAACAUUCAGUGCUGCCCAGACAUACUGCAGGACCAACUUUGUCGAUCUUCCAAGCAUAAGGAAUCUGACGGAAAAUGAUGAUGUCCUUACAGCCGCUUCAGGAAAUGCGGUGUACAUCGGUCUAUUCAGAACCAGAAUGUGGUCAGACGCUAGUGAAUCCUCUUUCAGAAACUGGGGGUCAGGCCAACCUGUCAGCAGUUUUGAUCUGCAAUGCGCUGUAGUGCGCUUUAGUGACUCGGGCAAGUGGACCGAUGAGGAAUGUUCAAUUAAUCUCUUCCCUUUCUUCUGUUACACAGCAUAUGUGUCUAGUCUAAGGGUAGUGGUUGACACUGAAACUGAACUCACCGAAGCAGAGAUUGAGGAGACCGUCCUAAAACCACUUCGUGAGGAACUCCUCCAGAAUGGGCUUCCGAACAGCACCACCCUGAGUCUAAGGCGAGUCUAUCCGAUCAAUCCCUGAAAAUGUCUGGCUACGUGUCCAGCCAUCAACACCGUAUGUUUAACUGCCUAUUACAUCUUGUUAAUUCCUGUUUCUAUCCAUUAAACAUAUACGGUAGGCCUAGCCAAUCAAUUAAUU